AUGUCUUUUCGCAAGAGAAACAUAGGCUUAUCAACUGGGCCAGACCGCACACCGGCGUCUAAUGCACCUGCACAACCACACCGAGCCGCCCAGCCGCCGCCGCCUUCGACGCCCGGCGUGCGUCCAUCCCCCGACGAUGGACGGCCGACCACUUCAACCGGUUCCCCGUCGCUCGACAACCUUUUAGCUGGACACGGCGGGAUUCCUAUAGGGAAGACACUUCUAGUGGAGGAAAAUGGGACUACAGACUUUGCCGGGGCAUUGCUCCGGUAUUACGCCGCUGAAGGAGUUGUGCAAGACCAGAGAGUGCACGUCAUCGGCAUGCCCGAGCAAUGGGGUAGAACCCUUCCGGGUUUAAUAGGACCUGCCGAAGCCGCAGAUGAAAAACCAGACAGGCGGAAAGGAGAGCGCAUGAAGAUCGCCUGGAGAUAUGAACGUCUUGGAGAAUUUGGAACGGGGGUUGCGGGUGCAAGAACUCCUGCAGCGACUCCAGGAGACCAGAACCCGUCAUCUACGGACGGUAACUUGUCCAAACAAGAAGCCUUCUGUCACGCAUUCGACCUAACGAAACGCCUCACACACCCUUCCAUCAGCAACAUGACCUAUAUUCCCCUUGUACCAACGAAUGAGCCUCUGCUCGUCACAAUUCAAAAGAAACUCCAAGCCGCCAUUUCCUCUAGCCCUCCGAGCACCAUUCACCGAAUCGUCAUCCCAUCGUUCCUCAAUCCCACGCUAUAUCCACCAGAGGUCAGCGAGCCUGAGAAUGUGCUACCAUUUCUCCAUUCGCUGAGGGCCCUCGCAAGUUCACCCACGUCUCGCAUAACCGCCAUGAUGACGAUUCCACUUUCUCUCUUUCCACGUUCUUCAGGUCUCGUGCGAUGGAUGGAAAUUCUGAGCGAUGGUGUGAUUGAACUCUGCCCUUUUCCGCAUUCCUCCGAUGCACUCUCAACAUCAGGAGCAGCCACAUCUCAUGAGGAACCUCCACAAGGGAUGCUCAAGACACAUCGACUGCCAGUUUUACAUGAGCGCGGUGGCGGGAGCGAUCAAAAUAUUGGACAGGAUUGGGCAUUCACUCUCAGCAGGAGGAAGUUCGAAAUCAAACCGUUCAGUCUACCUCCUGCCGAAGGGGACCAGGAAGCGCAAAAUACGGCUCAAUCCGAUAAGAUGCCGAAGAAGGAAGACCUCGAGUUCUAG